AUGAUUGAUUCUCCUUCUUCGAUCGAUAGAGAAGUCGCGGCUUCUCUUCUCCUCCUUUCCUCUGAGCCGUUGCUCUUCUCGUCUUCAAGAUCUGGAUCGGAGGGAAAAUGUAUCUCCAUGCGCGAAAGUUACGGUCAAGGAAGCUUGAGUUUGAGCUUUGCGUCUACCGAAACGAGAUCGUGCGAGUCGGCUCUCUCCAAUAGUGGCUCGUCUCGGAAGAGCUCUGAAUCGGAUUUCAUGAAUUUCAAGAUUGCGAAGAAACGCCGCACGAACGUGAUUUGGAGCUCAGAUGAUAUGGAGCCAACACAUUCAAAGAAGAAUCCAUACGAGUUUGAUGAUCUCUCGAAAUGCUCCAGCGACUCGAAAGAGGAAUCAUGUUUGUCAACAGGCUCAAGCGAGAUCUCAAGCACAGCAAGCAGAAUCAAAACCACAAGCCAUGAGAAGAAGAAGCAAUACAGAGAAUCGAAGAAGAAAGAAACUCACAGGUCGAGUUCCGUUCGCCGUAGAGCAGUAAAGAUCUUGGAGUUUCUCUCAACAAGCUGCUCUUCUGAAGUCAAGAUCCGUCAGGUGCUUGGAGAUAGCGCAGAUACAAGCAAAGCUCUCAGAAUGCUAGUGAAGAUGGGUUAUGUGAAGAGGUCUGGCGCAGGAGGAAAGCAUGAGCCCUUUGUUUACAAGAUUGCAUGA